GAGAGAGAGAGAGAGAGAAAGAGGGGAGGGAGCGACUCAUCUUCGUCAACAUCCGCGAUGGCGGGGAAAUCGGCAGGGUUCGCGUUCCCGUUAAUCUCCACGUGUCACGUGUCGUCAAACGCCACGUGUUAUAAGCACGACAAAUAAAUACAAGUCGCUAGGCGGAUUGCCAAGAUUGUUGUUAAUUUUGAGAAUGUAUAUAACGCCGUCGCAACGUUGCAUAGAAUUUUGGAUUAUAAAUUGAAACAGGGAAUGACAACUCGCCGCAGCCGCGCGGAAUGUAAAUCAUGGAUUGGUUCGCGACUGAUUGGUUGUGCGAAUUUAGUGAUUGUUGUGACAACGUAAUAUAUCAAAUAUUUUUGUUGGAAUCUUUUUAGAGGACACCUAUUUUAGAGGAAAAUCUUUUAAUUGAAUCCAUCUCUCAAUCGCAGAGCAGUUAAUAAGUUUUUAUUGAAUUUAUUGGUGAAGGAUUACUCACGUUGGCUGACAACGCUAAUUUUUUACAAUAACGCUUUUACACGCGUGCGUAACUUUCCGAAUGUAACGGUAUUCUGUGCUGACAUUCUUUUCAGAGUGACCUGUCAGGCCUAGCUGUUUAUCCGCCAUGGUCGAUUAUUUCUGUCAGACUCGAGCAUUAGAGUAACUUUUUUGCACAAUUAUGAACUUUUGAACAAUUUAAAAGUUCGAGAAGUUAAAAGAGCGCUUUAUAAUUUAAUUUCACGCGAUGUAAUGUAAAAUAUUUUGAUAAACUAUGAACUAAUUCGUUACUACGAGAUACAGACGCGCGUAUUAAAUCACGCGCGGUGCGCGAUAUUUGCGAUAUGUGGGCGCCGGUGAUAUCUGUUGUGUGGGCCAUCAUGUAUAUGAUGCAACGAAAAAUUAUGCCGGGAAAUCUGAGCCAGGAGACGUCGAAGAAUUCAAAGGGUGAGUCUAAUCGCUUUGUCGAUGAGGAAGUUCCUGUAACUAUGGGCUUCACGCGUCGUCCAGCCCGAAAGAAAGCAGAAGCUCACCGAGCUCUGGAGCUCCUCGAGGAUUACCAUGCUAAGCUGACGAGACCGCAAGACAAGCAGCUGCGAUUAGCCAUCGAGCGCGUCAUACGUAUCUUCAAGAGCAGACUCUUCCAGGCGCUGCUAGGAAAGAGAGAAAAGUUCUGCUCGCUGCGAGAGAGCCAGGAUGGCGGAAAGGAACGAGAUCGAAAGAGAUGUCUCGUAGUUGCUUUUCGGAGGUGCAGAAAGUCCAAGGGAAUCGCGUUAAAGUUAUUUCUAUUCAUGGAGAACCCGGGAGUAAAAGCAUCAGUGAUAUUUCUAAUUCAUUGAGCGGUUCGCCGAUCGCUAAGGGCGACGAGCUCUGUUUUCUUUUCUGAAUAAGAUGAUAGCGCGGUGACUUGGUUUCUUUUAAAAUUUUUCGAGCGGCGAUGGCGAACGUUACGAAUAUUAUAUUCGCGGUCGAAUGCGCAAUUUCCUUUCCUCUCUCUCACGCCGUUACGGUCUACUCUGUAUUCCGCGCUUUAUAAAGUAAAUCCCCAGUUUUCUUAGACACAAGAUAGAACGUUCUAUUACUCGUGGAAACGUUGGCGUGUAUUCUGUCGAGAUAUUCCGCUAUUAGCGUGAAAACUAAGGAAUUACUGUUGCUUUAAUUUUCUCACUGAUGACGAAUAUAUGUUGGCGAAAUGACGUUCGCGAUGACUUUUUGCUUUAAAAUAUAUUGUAAUGACGCUAAAAUGUAGCAUUAUUUUAAUGGGUUUUUAUCUAAAUUGCGCGCUUGCUGCUCAACCACUUAAACGCUCAUAUCAUUAUUUCAUGCAAUGUAUACGUGUGUGCAAACUGAGAAACAUUUAUCAACAUAUAUAAACAUUAUCAAGGCGCUUUUAAAAGUAUUAUCUUAAUGCGAAAGUAUUACCUUGACUAAUGUAAUAGUAAAUGUAAUAGUAUGUAAUCUCUGAUUAUUCUUUAGAUUAUUAUCUGGAAAAUCACUUUCAUUUUGAGAUGUGACAGUAAUUCAAAAAAUUUUAAUUCCAUCCGAAUAAAUGAUUUGUUAGACGGAAACAUUUAUUGUAACAUAUAUGUAGCAAAAGAACAAUUAAACGUAUAAAGGCGCAAAAAGUUUUUAAAAGUACAGUAAUCUACUUUUAUUGUUCAAUUGAGUUUGUCAUCUUUUGAUUUUUUAGACACACUAUAUACAUAUAUAUCAAUCAAUAGGUACUGAAAAGUUACCAAGAUUAUUACUAAAUUUAAAUAAAAAAAUU